UGAUACAAAUGAAGUUGAUGUACCUUUGAAUACUAGGGUGGGUACCAAACGCUACAUGGCUCCAGAAGUGCUAGAUGAAAGCCUGAAUAAAAACCAUUUCCAGCCCUACAUAAUGGCUGACAUCUAUAGCUUUGGCCUGAUUAUUUGGGAAAUGGCUCGUCGUUGUAUCACAGGAGGAAUCGUAGAAGAGUACCAAUUGCCAUAUUAUAACAUGGUACCCAGUGACCCAUCAUAUGAAGAUAUGCGUGAGGUUGUGUGUGUCAAACGUUUGCGGCCAAUUGUGUCUAAUCGAUGGAACAGUGAUGAAUGUCUACGAGCAGUUUUGAAGCUAAUGUCAGAAUGCUGGGCUCACAAUCCAGCCUCCAGACUUACAGCUCUGAGAAUCAAGAAGACACUUGCCAAGAUGGUUGAAUCUCAAGAUGUAAAGAUUUGA